CCCCUCACAACUCAGACGGUGAAAGAGGGUUUGGAUACCGGGAAGAGACAGAUGGCGGGGAGGCAGAAGGCGAUUGCGACACUGCCGAAGCUGAUUCGAAGCUUGAGAAAGGAAGUCCCUAAGCACACGAAUCCCGUCUUGCCGUCUCUUAGACGGGCUUUCUCUCUGUAUGAUCAGAUCAAUCUCAUCGACAAUGUCCCGGAAGACCAGCUUCGUUUCCAAGAAUUCGAUGACACGAGUUUCACAGUGAAUGGAAUCAAAUACGAAGGCAGUUUGCUCUGUGUUGGGAAUUUGCUUAUGUCUUGGAGCCCUCGCAAGUUCUCCGAGGUCACCCCUGAUAGCUUAUCUAUCUUCCAGACCAUACGGCCAAUUCCAGAGCUCUUAAUUCUCGGGUGCGGAGGAAACAUCCAACGGGUGAAUCCCGAGAUCCGCCAGUUUGUAAAAUCCAUCGGCAUGAAGCUAGAAACAGUUGAUUCNNNGAAUGCCGCGUCAACUUACAACAUACUGAACGAGGAAGGAAGGAUCGUUGCAGCCGCCUUGCUCCCAUUUGGAGUCAUGUCCUAAGAACCACGUCAUCUCCAUUAGUUUAUGUGAGACUAGAGCUCGGUCUGUGUAGUGUAAAUGAAUUUCACUUUAUUUCGUGUUUGUACGGAAAAUCCUUUGAAAAUAAACACUUCCAAAGAUCUUCUCAUGUUUGAGCUUGACAUGAACAUAUGUGACAUCUGAACUUAGUUUUUUUUGUGGAUUCUAAAGUGUUUC